UACACAUUUCUAAUUCAGUUAGGAUGCCACAGGAAAAGAAGGUUUCUAUAUUCAAAAAUUAUUUAUUAAAUAGUUCUUUCCAUGGAUACAGAUUUAUAGUCGAAGAAUGCAGACACUGGACAGAAAGAGUAUUUUGGACAAUAUGUUGUACAUUAAGUUGGAUUGCAACUGGUUUGUUAAUAUACUCCGCUUAUGAUGACUUUAAAAAUAAUGCUAUAAGUUUCGUGGUGGAUACUAGUUAUUUGGAUUGGGAUACUAACUUCCCAUCCGUGGUGGUAUGUGAAACUGACCAGCAAGAUAAUAUAGCAGAAGUCACAGAUGAAGUUUUUGGAGAUCCGCAUGAUUAUAAUUUGGAUGAAAUCGUUAAGGAAUUAGUUUUCUACAAAGGAUUAUCGUUAUACACAUUACAAAUUUGUGGCCCAGAUGUACCUAAUAGGGACAAAAAUUGUUUUGUGAAGAAUUUAAGUUACUAUCAUGAUGCAGUUAGAAGCCCUUGCAAGGACGUGGUUCAAAAAUGUAAAUGGAAUAAUGAGGAGUUUGAUUGUUGUUCAUAUUUCAAAGAAAUUGAUACAGAACUUGGACGAUGUUAUGGACUUAAUUCAUUACAAACAAGGGAGAAAAAUGCACCUAAAUGCAAAAUGGUGUCAAACAAAAAAUCUGGUCCCGGUAAUUUGUAUUUAAAUAUUAAAGGAUUAACAAACCUUUAUGUUUUGGGUCCAUUGGAAAUACCAUCUUUAUCGAGCUUACUGGCGGAUGUAAUAGCUUUAGCACCUAACUUAUACUACAGAAGAUAUUUUUCGAUAAAGGAAAUUGACAACCAGCCGGAGGUAAAAUACGUGAGUAUCGACCAAAGGAAAUGUCGUUUUCCUGAUGAGUCAGAUUUAGACGUAUCCAGAUAUUACAGUUACAGUGCUUGUUGUGUUCAAUGUCGUAAAAAAGCACAGUUAGAAAAAUGUGGAUGCAUACACCAUCUUAUGCCAAAUACAUCAUUUGAAUAUCAAUGUACAUUGGAAGGUAUAAAAUGUUUAAAUGAGUAUUAUAACGAAAUAUCUGUACUUAAAGCAUCUUGGUCAAAUAGAACUGGACUAGUAUGUGGAUGUUUACCUAGUUGCAAUGAAAUUGAAUUAUCAGUUAUUAGAGACGACAAAGUGGGAAUCACCAAUGAUUUUGCAGUAGUGGAAUUGACCCUAGAAAGACUACCAACUGAACGAUUUAAACGAAACGUUGUAAGAGGAAAAUUGGAUUUAGUUGUGUCGAUGGGUGGAGCUACAGCAUUAUUUCUAGGAGCAAGUCUUUUGAGUUUCGUAGAAAUAUUUCAUUUUUUCCUUAUCACUCCCAUUAGUGACUAUAUUAGAAGCAGAAAGAAAACCCAGAAUCCUAAAUGGACCGUAAAAGAUGAUAAAUUUAGACGCAAACAUAAGGAAGCACUACCUUCAAUUACUUAAUAUCCACAACUGUACAAAAUAUCAGUAAUUGUUAACAUAAUAAAAUUAACAAUAAAAUACGUUAUUUAAAGUAUUAGGGCCGGUUGUUCGAACGCUAAUCAAGAAGUUGAUUAUAAUUAAGUCCCCUUAACAACCAUCAAUUAACAAAACCCCUCAUUCGUACAUCAGUCAGUUGAUUGUAAUUAGUUAUGUUAAUUAUCAUUAUGAUAAUUAACAUAAUUGAUUGAUUGAUUAAUUAUUAAUUAUUAAUUAACAUAACCAGAACAUCAGUAUUGGUGGGAAAGAAAUAGAACUCGUAGAUAGAUAUAAAUACCUGGGACAUGAAAUUACGAUUGGCAGGGAUAACCAGACUCACGAACUGAAGAGAAGAAUCGGCCUCGGGUGGGCAGCAUUUGGAAAACUGAGAAAAACUUUUAAAAGUGAGUUGCCCUCAUGCCUAAAGAGAAAGGUAUUUGAUCAGUGCGUCCUCCCAGUCUUGACGUACGGAUCAGAAACACUUACCUUAACUAAAGCCUUGGCUACCAAACUAAGAGUCACGCAGAGAAGAAUGGAGCGGUCAAUGUUAGGAAUAACUCUGCGAGACAAAAUCAGAAACGAAGAAAUCAGGAGAAGAACAAAGGUGACUGACGUCAUCGAAAGGAUAGCCAGGUUGAAGUUGAGAUGGACAGGACACAUAGCCAGAAUGACAGAUGGGCGAUGGACAAAGAGGUUAUUAGAAUGGAGGCCAAGAGAAGACAAGAGAAGCGUCGGUCGACCGCCUACAAGAUGGACUGACGACUUAAGAAAGCUGAAUAAAAACUAGAUGAGAGCGGCGCAGGAUAGAUGGGGUUGGAAACGGGGGGAGAAGCCCUAUGUUCAGCAGUGGACUUUUGAGGCUGGAUGAAGAAUUAACAUAACAAUUAUUAACAUAAUUGAUUAAUAAAUCUGAUAAUUGUAAUCAAUUAUGUUUUCAGCAACCCAAACAAAGUUGACAUUGACAGUUGGUGAAAGUAAUUAAAUAUUUGAUAAUGAUCAGUUGAUUCCAUUUUUAAUUAGCGUUCGAACAACUGGCCCUAAGACUAAUAUA